AGAACGUAGAAUGUUAUGCAAAUUUUUUUGGUCCUAGUAAUCAUUUAUUAUCUCGAAUGGAUAUUUGCGACAAAUGUUCGAAAUGAAAUAAACAAGAUUGGAAUUCUACUGGAGGCUCAACAGGACGAGUAUCGACUUGAUAAAAUUGAGAUCAACAAUGCAACAAAAGGUCCGUUUUCAGUCGAUUUUCGACCCGCCAAUCGAUUGCGACGACACACAGCUCACCGUAGACGACACAAGAAAUUUUCUCCACGCUCCUGGAGAAACCUGGGACGGUACCGUCGACGUCGUGAGCGAAGAGAAAACUGGCUUGGUCCAAAAUUUGGGAAAAGGUCGCUCGAAGAUAGAGAAUCACCGAAUCUAGAACGAGAAAUAAUCAACUCGAACGAGUAUAACGAAGAGAAGAAAGAUGACGAUAACAGCAUAGAUGAUGAAAAAGAGAUGGAGUGGGACCUUUGGGGACACUGGGCACCCUGCAGCGUAACUUGUGGCACUGGACGACGAGUUCGAUGGCGUCAUUGCGUGGGGGAAAAUUGUGACAUCGAGGGAAUGAAACAAGCCCAAAUAAAACCCUGUUACCGUAAGAAAUGUACGGAAAGCAUACUAUCUUGGCUUGGGAUUGAAAGUGGAACUAAAUGAAAAGCUCUUUUUUUCUCGACGUGGUUUUUUUGACCAUUUAUUAUUCAUUUUUUUCGAAUUUUCUAAUAAAAAUCCUGAUGGAAAUAAGAAA